AUGGAGAUGCUUGGUUAUUUUUCGAAAAGCUUGGUGUAUACAACUAUGGGUAACUGGUAUCAUAUGCCAACCGAAGAAAAUUGUGGGUUGUUAAUGAUUCCAAUUCUGAAUGAUGAAUGUUUGGGAACUUUCAAGAUGAUUGUUAGGGCACACCAAUUUCAAGAGAUUGAACAUAUGUAUGUUGAACAUAGGCUUGUAUUUGUUCCAAUCAAUUUCCCCCACUUUUUGAUGAACUCGCCAUCCAAAAGAGUUGAGAAGCUUAUUCAUCUGUUUAUAACAGAACACCCGAUGGUAACAGUUGAUGUUGGAAUAGCAUGCAUCAGGCAUAUGCUAAACAUGACAAUUCCAAGAGAAAAAAUGGAAGAUGCAAUGGACAUGGCGAAGGAGAAUGUGAUAGCAUGGAAAAACAUAGUGUAG